AGUGUAAACCACCAACACACAGAUGAAAGUGACGCGCUCUGUGUGCGCUGGUUUUAUGUGCACCACCUCUGCAGUAAUUAUUGAGAUAAAAAAAAAAAAUAAUCCGUUAUUCAAAAAUAAAUAACAUUAAUUAAUAAUUAAUUAACAAAAAAAUGUUAAUUUGUUGUGUUACUUGACGUAGUAAAGUGAAAAUUAUCGUUAAAAAACUGGAUAUAGAACAUUAAACAAUCAUGUUUUAUGCUCAUUUUGUGUUGGCCAAAAAAGGGCCUUUGGCUCGAAUUUGGUUGGCAGCUCAUUGGGAUAAAAAAUUAACAAAAGCCCAUGUAUUUGAGACAAAUAUUGAAAAAUCAGUUGAUGGUAUUUUACAACCAAAGGUAAAGAUGGCACUCAGAACAUCUGGACAUCUUCUUCUUGGUGUUGUUCGAAUAUAUUCAAGAAAAGCAAAAUAUCUACUUGCUGAUUGUAAUGAAGCCUUUGUCAAAAUUAAAAUGGCAUUUAGACCAGGAAUGGUUGAUUUACCAGAAGAACAUAGAGAAGCAGCAGUUAAUGCAAUCACACUGCCAGAAGUAUUUCAUGAUUUUGAUACAGCAAUGCCUGAAUUAAAAGACGUUGAUAUUGAAGCACAAUUUUCAUUAAAUCAAUCGCGAGCUGAAGAAAUAACAAUGCGUGAAGAUUAUGGUAAUUUAAGUCUUGUAACACAUGAUCAAGGUUUUGGUGAUAUGAGUUUUGAUGCUGAAGCACCAGAACUUUUACGUCAUCAAAAUAUAACAAUGGAAACACCAAUGGAUCAAAGUCAUUUAUUAUUUAGUGAUGGUCCAAGUAUUGAGCCUUCACUUGAGAUAAAAGAUAAAGAACCAAUACCAGGUACAUCAUCAACAGUACAACCAAUGGAUAUUGAUACACCAAUACGUGAUGAUGGUUUUGGUGGUUCACUUGGACAAGAUAUGAUAUCAGGUGGUCUAUUUGAAGGUGGUUUAUUUGAUGAAGCACCAAUGCCUGAAACUUCAAAUACAGAUAUUGAUCAUAUAACAGAACAACAAGAUAAUAAUAAAAUAAUUGCACCAGGUGAACAAUCAGUACGUGAUGAUUCAGAUGAUGAAAUUGGUGAUCAUUUUGGUGGUAUGCCAGUUGGUUCACCAAUGGGUGGUAUGAGUAGUGAUGGAUCAAGACCAAAUACACCAGUUACAAAUGUUAAUGAUGAUGCUAUUGGUGGUGGUGGUGCUGGUGGUAGUGGUAGUGGUGGUAUUGGUGGUAGAAUAAGUGUUGCAAGUCAUAGAUUUACACCAGCACCACAAGUAUCUGAAGAAUUAAAUCAACUGGAUAAUCCUGAAGAGGCACCAGUUAAUCAAGAUCAUACAACUCUUGUACAUGAUGAAGAAGAAAGUUUUGCUCUUGCACCAGUUGAUGCAUCAGCAUUAAAAGGUUUUACAAAAGCUAAACGUAAACGUAAAUUAAUUGUUGAUGAAGUUAAAAAUAUAUCUGGUGAAGAAAUGAAAGCACAAUUAUCUGAUACAAGUGAUAUUAUAACAACACUUGAUCUUGCACCACCAACAAAACGUUUAAUGCAUUGGAAAGAAACUGGUGGUGUUGAAAAAUUAUUUGCUUUACCUGGACGACCAAUACCAUCUAGAAAUUUAUUUAAAAAUUAUCAAAGACAUUUAACAAGUAGAUCAUAUGAUCAUGAAGAAUUUGAUAGAGUUAGAAUUGAAGAUGAUGCAAUGCCACUUGAACAAAUGCGUGAAGUACCAGAAGCUGAACCACUUGAAUUACAAAAUUUAGAUCAAAGUGGAAUAACAACAAAACGUCAAAAUCGUAAACGUAAAACACCAAUUGAUGAUGAUCUUGUUAAUACAACAGCACCAAAACAAUUAAUGGAACAUCCAACAAACUUUGAUAUUCCAAUAGUACCACCACAACCAUCACCAACACAUGACAUUGAAUCUGUAUCACAAAUUGAACCAGCUGUACCUGAAGUUAGCAGUAUACAAGAUGAAUCAUCAAUAAUUAAUAAUGAAACAAAUCAAAUUGAUAAUAUACGAGCAUCUGAAUCACAAAUAAAUAAUACAUUUGAUAAUCCUGAUAAUGCUCUUAGUUGUGUAGCAGAUGAAAAUGUACAACCAUCAAUAACACAUGAUCAUCAACAACAACAACAAGAAGAAGAACUACAACAACAACAACAUCAGCAACCACCACCAACACCAACACCACAACAACAUAUUAAUUCGGAAAUACCUGAAAUGCCAGAAAUGGAUAAUAUGGGAUAUGAUCAUACAUCAAAUCAACAAUCAUUUCCUGGUAUUGAUGAUCAACAACAACCUGUUCAUACACCUGGUGGAAUAUCAGAACGAGGACCAGCAACACCAUGGAAUCCAGAUGAUUAUGAAUUUCCACAUUCAGCUGGUCCAACAGAUGAACAACAAGUUGAUGAAACAUAUGAACAAUUUGAAGAACGUGUUGUUAAUAAAAGAGCUGCAAAUAUGUACACAGCUAUUAAAAGUAAACUUGAUAUUAAAGACAGACUUACAUUAUCAGAAAUUGCAUCGAAAAAUUUACGUAAACAAGCUGCACAAAAAUUUUAUACAUUAUUAGUUUUGAAAAAAUUCCAAGUUGUAGAAUUAAAUCAAGAAUAUUCAUAUGCCGAAAUUUUGGUCACCAAAGGACCCAAGUGGGACAAUCCAUCGUUAUAAAGAUAAGAAAAAGAACUUGAUGUUUUAAAAAAAAAAAAAAAUUUAUUUAAGCCAUUAUUCAUUAUUAUUCACGUAUCAAACUUUUGAUUAUAUUUUAAAUGAAAUUACAUUGAUAAAGAAAAAGAAGAAAAAAAAAAUUAUUUAUUCUUUUUUUUUUUUUCUUUUUUAUUUUAAAAUAGUAGUUUAUUUUUUUUUAUUAUUGGGUAAAGAUUUAAUAAAAAUAAUUAAUUAAGAACAUUUGAUACUGUUCGUUGAAUAUAAACGGAAAUUGCGGAUAUAUAUAUUUUUUUUUUUUUAAUUUUAUUUGAAUUAACAUAGAGUUUAAAUAAAUAAAUGAUUGAAUGCAAGUUUAUUCGUUAUUUUUCUAUAGAGUUGAUAUGAAAGCUAACAAGAUUGAUGAGUUAAGUACGACUGUAUACAUAUAUCUUAAUUCAAGAUGCCUUCAAAAUUUUCGAAAAUUAAUAUUAAGAGUCUGUCGAAUAAAUAUAAAUCAAAGAAAUCUUCAGAGAAAAAUAAAAUAAAAAAAUUUCUUUUCUUUUUUCAACAUUCCUACAAAUAUUUAUCGUCUACUGCAUUUUUUCAUCUAACUUCUUAGCUUUUUUUUCUUCUAUCUAAUUAAAAAUAUAAAGAAAAAAAAAUUAAAUAAAUUUUCAAUUGGAUGGUGAAAUGCAGCUGACACUCGGAUGAAAUAAAAUGUGUAUAAAAUAAAAGUUGGAAUAUAUAAUUUAAUUUGAC